AUGGCCACGAGACGACCAAGUCUUUCCAUGAGAGAGGGCACCUCCGAUAUUGAUUCGCUUGAUUCUCUAGAGUCCAACAACUUCAGGGCGGAUGAUAUUCAUAUCUACAAGAACCAUUCUGAUGGCAACGAAGAAGGUGGUAGUGCUGCAUCUGCUGCUAAUUAUGAUGAUGAUGAUGGUGGUGGUAAUAAUAAUAAUUAUAAUCACAGCAAUUGCAGCAAUACUUCCUCAAAAUUGGAAACAUUUGGCUCUCAUAUGAACGGGGAAAGUAUUACCCCCGAUACAAUGAGGAAAUCACACACACUAUUAUCCAAAAUUACCACCAUACAGCUGAACGAUACACAAGUAGUCCCGCUGAAAAACCGUCGAGGACUGUUAUCAAGCUUAUGUCUUAUUCCAGAGUAUCAGGAUGCAAGAGAGCUUCCAACAUCAUUGAGAAGGUUCAUUGUUUUUAUCAUUGCAUUCUGUGCAAUGUUAGGCCCUAUGGGUACAUCAAUUUUGUUACCUGCUUCGGACGAUGCUGUAGAAAACUUGAAAACAAAUAUAACGAUGCUUAAUAUUGCAAUUGGUGUGUAUCUCAUUACGCUUGGUGUUAUCCCAUUGUGGUGGAGUAAUUUUUCGGAGAGGCACGGUAGACGAUCAAUAUACAUCAUCUCAUUUAUUAUGUAUUUGUGUUUUACAAUCGGCUGUGCUCUAGCUAAAGAUGUUAAUAUGCUCAUUGGAUUUCGUGUAUUGAGCGGUGGUUGUGCUGCAAGUGUUCAAAGUGUUGGUGCUGGUACUAUCGGUGACUUAUACCCGAUAACAAAGAGGGGUGCAGCAAUGGGACUAUUCUACCUCGGACCUCUAGCUGGACCUCUAUUGAGUCCUAUUAUAGGUGGUGCGAUUACUAGUAAUCCCAGAUUCGGCUGGAGGGCAACGCAGUGGUUCUUAAUAUGUUUGAGUGGGGGUUGUUGUAUAUUAAUUAUUUUUUUUUUACCUGAAACAUUAAGAAAACAGGAUAAUAAAGAUGCUAUUAGGAAAAUUUUACGGGAAAGACUUAGAAACAAAAGAAACCCAGAAGAUACAGAGUCGAACGUUACUACAGAAAAUAAAGACCUUAGUGACACAAAUGAUAAAGAUUCUUUAUUGUCACCUUCAAACAACAAAAUAACGCCAGCAUCAUCUGGCACCCCAUCCAAUGCAAAUAACACUAGAGAUGAUAACGAAGCAAUCAAUGAGCAAGAAGUGGAGCGCCUAAACACACUAUUAAGCAAAAUUUCUACACGUGUAUCGUUCGGAAGUAGAAGCAGGAGAGGAUCUUUCGUAUCUGUUGUCCCUCAAGGGGGGGGAAACAACUCCAAUCGCGUUGGUGAUAAUGAGGAAAAUAUUGAUGCGUUGGCAAUUGAUGAAGACGAAGCGCCUGUAAUUGAUUCGGUUGCGCCAUUAUCCAAAGUUCCCACAAAGGGGAUUAUCAACAUAGAAGAUUACAGUAGAAACAAAAAUGAUGAAAUCGCAAACGAACUCGAUCAAAUACAAGAUAUCGAAAAACGUGGUAGAAUAGCUUUGCUCAAACGUUACACUAAGAUAUACUUGUAUGGUCCAUUGAAAGCUUUCACGUUUAUGAGGUACCCCCCUGUAUUCUUAUCCAUUGCGUAUUCUGCACCGUGUUUUGCUGCUUUGUAUGUUCAAAACAUGACUUUGACUUAUAUGUAUUCGAGGUCACCGUAUAAUUUCUCCUCUGUUUUGGUUGGUUUAGUCUACAUUCCAAAUUCGGUGACCUAUUUCAUUGCUUCUAUUUGGGGUGGAAAGUUCAACGACUAUUUAUUGAAAAAAAAAAUUGAAAAAUAUGGUAUUGUAGCUCCGGAAGCCAGGUUUGGUAUCAAUGUGUAUGUUGCGGCCGCAAUGCUCCCUGGAUCUAUGCUAAUCACAGGGUGGUGUUUGGAUUACAAGGAGCAAUGGGUUACUCCAUUGGUUGGUACUGCAUUGUUUGGGUUUGCUCAAAUGAUUGUCAUUGGUGUAACUGUCACUUAUCUUGCGGAUUGUUUACCUGGUAAAGGGGCGACUGGAAUUGCAUUAAGUAAUUUUGUAAGAAUGAUCAUGGCAGCAGGAGUCUCUUUUGCAACUGAGCCAUUGAUCAAAGCAAUGGGGGUUGGGCCACUAUUUAGCAUGUGUGCUGGUAUCACGGCUGUUUUAAGUGUUUUGUUGGUUGUUAUUAUCAGAUAUGGUGAUCAUUGGCGAGAGACUUACAACCUAGAAAAACUAUACGAUAUCGUAGAUGACUGA